AAUACAUAUGUGGUUUGUAUACAAACAGAGGCCAAAGAAAUGAGUGUGACUCGAGUGGAGUUACAACCGAUCCUGUGAGACUGAAAGAGCAGUUUCUUCGGGGCCGGCAGCUGAUAAAGACCUGGAGAACGUGACUUACGUGCGUAAUCAAGGGAAAAAGUCAAUAGACGGUGAGUGAAUGACCGAGGAGCGACUCCAUCACCCGGAGAGAAAGCAAUUUUGAGGAACAUUUCAGAGUUAUCAUGAAGUUGAUAAUUUUCCUGGCAUUGUGCAUUGGAUGUACAUGGGCUCGGCAAACAGAUUAUUGUUUCGCCGGCGAUGAUAAUCCUUACCUGCAAUUUGCAACAGUAACUCCCUAUAUAAUAUCUAAUAGAGGCACAAAUGAAUACAGAGCGAUACCGAAUUGCCAGCCUCGUCAGAUGUGGAUGUUAUCAAGACACGGAAGUCGAUACCCGAAUGCUGAUGAUAUCGUCAAGUUGAUGGAACUGCGAAAUGUGCGCGAUCAGAUUCUGAUGAAUCACGAGCAAAGAUCAGAUGGACGUCUAUGCAACGACGAUUUGGAUAACCUCAGGGCUUGGUCACCCAACGCCAACAUGACAACGCAAAUGGCGAAGGAAUUGACUCCUCAGGGAAUGACAGAAAGCAAAUUUCUAGCAGCAAAAAUUCGCACUGCAUUUCCUACACUAUUUCCUUGGAAUCAAGGAGAUAUAUCUCAAGAUUAUGUGUUUAGAGCAACCCAAUCACAACGAUCUCAAUCCACUAUGCGAGCAUUUAUGGAAGGUUUAUUUAGCGGCUCUAGAUCUAUACCAACUCCCCCUCCCUUCUAUGGAAAUGACACUUUACUGAAGGCAUACCAAUAUUGCCCCCGUUGGAAGGACGGAAACGAAAAUGAUCCCCAUUACGGUAAAGAGUUGACUGACUUCUUAAAAGGUCAAGAAUUCUCAAAUGUAAUUCAGAAUGUCAGCAGUCGACUGGGAUUCCAAUAUCCCUUGUCAGCAGAUAAAAUUCGAUCUAUGUAUGACAUGUGUCGCUAUGACAAAGUGUGGGCUGUCGAAAAAUUAUCCCCCUGGUGUGCAGUAUUCAAUAAUGAGGAACUGAAAGUUAUGGAAUACGCCGAAGAUCUUGAAUAUUACUACACCGCCGGUUACGGACGAGAAGUGAAUAAAAUAAUCGGAUGCUUUCCACUGCAGGAUAUGAUGAAUCGUUUUCGACAACUUGAAGAGAACAAUGGCAACGACAAACCUAAGGGAAUAUUCUACUUCACUCACACAGUCACUAUUUUGAGUUUCCUCCGUGAUUUGGGCGCUUUCCAAGACAGCGAGCCGUUGACUGCUAAUAAUUACAGAAAUAUGAUGAGACGCCGAUGGAGGACAUCGGCCCUUGCACCCUUUAGUUCCAAUAUUCUUGCAGUUUUCUAUAGUUGCUCCGACAGCGAUGCCCGCCACAAAGUCAUGUUUUAUCUACAAGGAAAGGCAUUGCCACUGGAUGGUUGUCAGGUUGGCCUCUGCAAUUGGGAGUACUUAAAAUCAAAACUUGGUGAUACUGCUAGCCAGUGUAGCGAGGAUAAUUGUUAUGGGAGGGGUGGAUCUAUGAUCAAUCAAGCUAUAACCCCUUUGAUUUUAGUCUUCUCAUUGAGCUCUAUUCUGUUAAAAUAGUGGUACUGCAGCUCGUCGAAAUUAAUUCUCAAUGCGAGCUUGAGUCAUAGAACAUUAAACUACGCACAAAAUGAAACUGCAAUUAGCAUUUUUCUUUCUAUUUGCGAUAUUUAGCUACGCAAUUUCUUUAUCACAUAAAAUUUUAGUAUGUUAUAUCUAUCCAUGUAAUUUUAAAGCGCUAAUAUAUUCAUUAGAACGAUCUAUUUAUAUUCAAAAAUAUAUUGUACGACACAGUGUGAUUUAACAUGUACGUUAUUAAAAAAAAAAUUAUCCAUUUUUGGAUGUUAACUCUA